CCGGAGAAGGGAUCGCAUCAUUCAGAGCUUCACUUUGGGCUGUGAAAGCAACACACACACAACUUAAAACGCUGUUGUUUACUCGUCACCUUUCUCCAGAGGGUCUGGCAGGUCCCUGGAGUGUGUGUCUGGUUGGGUGCAUAAGGAGGGUGUGCGUUUUUUUUAUGUGUUGAUGAGUGUGUGGGUGUCUUGCGUCACUUUUCAUGGGACAUUGAAAGAUGUGUGUGUCACAGCGUCGGUGGACGGGCUAUAGGGGGCCAUGCUCCCCCGCCCUCCCCCUGAUCCUCCUCCUCCCUCUGUCCUUCCUCUCGUCCAUGCCUCUUCUCGCUAAGGGAGCCAUUCACAUCCCCCCAAACUAUAAAGGGCAAAACAUGUCAGAGCCUCCGGUGCUGACGGAGAUGCCGAUAUCCUCCACAGCCUUUUCUCGAGAGGACAUCAAUCUGCCCUGUGAGGCCACUGGUAACCCGAGACCCAUUUUCCGCUGGGUGAAGGACGGGGAGCCGUUCGGGGUGGAGCGUAAAGAAUCCGGGACGUUGCGAGCCGAAGACGAUGAGCCCCUCGAAACGUAUGAAGGCUACUACCGCUGCUACGCCUCCAACAUCCUGGGGACCGCCAUGACACAAACCAUACAGGUCAUAGUGGAGCCUCAACCAGUUCUUCUAAAACAACAAAAAAUACAUAAAAGAGCUUCAGAGGGAGACAGCAUCAUCCUGUCCUGCAACCCUCCAGAAAGCUCGACUCCUCCACUCAUCCACUGGAUGGACAAGAGGAUGGUGCACAUCAAGCAGAGUGACAGAGUGAUGGUCGGCCUGGAUGGGAACUUGUACUUUUCUAAUCUUCUAGUGACUGACAGCAGAGACGACUACAUCUGCCAUGCCCAGUACACAGCAGCCAGGACUAUUCUCCCUGAGACUGCGGUCAGACUCAUUGUCACGCCCAGUAAUGAUGUCGUUCGUGGUAGAAAACCCCACUUCUUCCGUCCCACUGACAUCCACACCUCUGUGCUGGCCCUCAGGGGACAAAGCCUCACCCUGGAAUGCAUCCCCAAGGGCCUACCCACUCCAAAGGUAGAAUGGAAAAAGAAGGACAGUGCGCUGGGUGAAACAAGUGGCAGACUGGAGAGCCACAACCGCAUGCUUCACUUCGAAAGCAUCGCCCUGGAAGAUGACGGAGAGUACGAGUGUUCAGCCCUGAACAGCCACGGGUCCGCCACACGCUCCUUCACUGUCACUGUGGAAGCGGCUCCCUACUGGCUGAAGCAGCCUCAGAACCUGCUGUACUCUCCCGGGGAAACUGUGCGACUGGACUGUCAGGCUGAAGGCAUCCCGAAGCCCAACAUCACCUGGAGCAUCAAUGGGGAGCCAGUCGCAGAGGUGGACGACGAUCCUCGUCGGAGUGUAUCGGGUGGUGUGUUGAUACUGAAGGACGUCGAGUACGCUGACACCGCUGUGUAUCAGUGUGAGGCCACCAACAAACACGGCUCCAUCCUCCUCAACACCUACCUCCAUGUCGUCGAGCUUCCUCCUCAGAUCCUGUCCUCUGAUGGAGUGGUGUACAGAGUCACUGAGGGCAAAGACAUCAAGCUGCACUGUGAAUCCUUUGGCUCGCCACGACCACAUGUCACAUGGGAGGGUGAGAACAGGAUUCCUCUGCUGUCGGACCCUCGUGUCUCCCUGCUGACCAACGGGACGCUCGAGCUGUCCAAUGCUGGUCAUGAUGACAGCGGAGAGUACACCUGCUCUGUCAAACACUCCAACAUCUCCAUCACUGCUCACCUGGAAGUCUUCAAUCGAACAGUGAUACUGACGAGCCCCCAGGACGUGCGGACACUCAGAGGAACCAGCGCUCUGCUGGACUGUCACUUCCUCAUAGACCCUCAGCUGCCCAAUCCCCAGGUCGUCUGGAAGAAAAAUGGACAGAAACUGCAGGCAUCGUCACCAGAUGACAAGUACACUGUCCAUGACAAUGGCACCUUGAAAGUGACUGACAUCCAAGCAGACGACAAUGGUUCUUAUUCCUGUGAAGUCAUCACCGACCUGGACAACAUAGAGGCCAGUGGCUCCAUCACUGUAGUAGCACCCCCGGAUCCUCCCAAAGGUCUGACUUUAUCUGAUGUUGAAGACCACAGCCUCACUCUCAGCUGGAUCCCAGGACACUCACACAACAGCCUCAUCACAGAGUUCAUCGUGGAGGCCCGGGAAGAGCAGCACACAGAGCAAAAGAAGUGGCAGUGGGAGGAGUGGAAGAGAGUGCCGGGGGCCUUCAACCAUUGGGAGCUGACCCUCCACCCAUACUGCACCUACCGCUUCCGGGUCAUCGCCGUCAACGAACUCGGCCGCAGUGACCCCAGCGAGCCCUCAGAACACCACAGCACGCCACCAGCUGUUCCUUACCGUAACCCCACUGGUGUGCGCAGUGAGUCCAUAGACCCAAAGACUCUGAUCAUUACAUGGGAUGAGAUGGACAAGCGGUUCCAUAACGGCCAGGGCUUCCUGUACAAGGUGUCAUGGCGAGAGGCUGGGAGGAGCAGCAUACACUGGGAAAACGUUGAUGUACGGUCUCCGCCGGUCGUUAUAAACAACACAGGAACGUACACGCCGUUUGAAAUCAAAGUCCGGGCUGUCAACUCACUCGGAGACGGGCCGGAACCAGAGCCUGAGAUCGGAUACUCCGGAGAGGAUAAGCCUGAGGAAGCUCCUACUGGAGUUACAACAACCGUGAUGAACAGCACAGUCAGAGUCAAGUGGAACGAAGCCCAGAAUGUCCGAGGUCUGCUGCUGGGAUACAAGCUCUACAUCAAGAGGUUGGGUCCCCAGGUGCAGAGGGAGCGGAGGUCUCUUGGAAAACAGCAUCAGGGGAAGGAGAAAGAGGAGAGAUUUGAGCAAGGGCAGGAGGGACACAGGGUGGUGCUGGUACCCAGCAUGAAGACCUCAGAGGAGGUAACGGGGCUGCAGCUGUACUCUCGCUAUGAGCUGUCUGUCACUGCCUAUAACAGCAAAGGGGAGGGCCCUCACUCCCCCCCUCACCACUUCAGCACCCCAGAAGGAGCUCCUGGUCCUCCUGCGUCGUUGACGUUUGAGAGCCCAUCAGAGAAAUCGCUGAUUCUCUACUGGACCCCUCCAGUUGAAACCAAUGGCAUGCUGCGGGAAUACAUGGUGCAGUAUCAACGAGAAGUGGAGACCAGAGACAGCCUGUUGCAGAUAGAGAGUAUCAACGAUCCCAGUGUGACUCAAAUUGAGUUGGACAAUCUGGACCCCAGCAGCUAUUACAUCUUCAAAGUCAUAGCACGCACCAGCGCUGGAGAUGGACCCGCCAUCACACGGAGGGGCGCCACCCAGCUUGAAGGAGUUCCUCCAUCCAACAUCUCCAUUGUUUCCGGUAACACAUUACUCAACCUGAGCUGGGUGCCCGGAGAGCGACGCAGGAACCACGCCUUCCACAUCCGCUACCUCAGGAAAAGUGCCGGUGGUCAGUGGGAGGAGUCAGAAGUGGUGAACUCCACGCAGGGUUUCUAUUCGCUGACAGGCCUCCAACCAGGAACUCAGUACCACCUUGUGAUCAUGCACGGAAACGACACUCAGUGGGAAGAUGAGCAUUGGACCAUAGGACCAGCGCCGACGGAAAUGCCCAAUAGGUUCCCCGCCCAAGGUUGGUUGAUAGGACUCAUCAGCGCCAUUUUACUGCUGGUGCUGAUACUGCUCAUCCUCUGCCUUAUCAAACGCAGCAAAGGCGGCAAAUACGCAGUGAAGGACAAAGAAGACAAAGAGAUGGACUCAGAAGCUCGUCCGAUGAAAGAUGAGGAGUACAGUGAUCCAGAUGAGAAGCGCUCAGACAGCCAGCCGUCCCUGUGCCCGGAAAGUAAGCUGGGCAGUGACGACUCUCUGGCUGAAUACGGGGACAGCGUGGACAUCCAGUUCAACGAGGACGGCUCUUUCAUCGGCCAGUACAGCGGCCGGGGUCCCGUUCCCCACGGCAACGAGAGCUCUGGUCCCGCCUCCCCCGUUAACGCAGUCCCGCCCCCCCCCAUCGCUCCAUCCAUGUCGAGCAUCCUGAACCGGCCCACCUAGACGCACACAUUACAAAAACACACACAUAUACACUGCCUGCCUGCAACAAAACACAAAGGGACAGACCACUCCUGACUCCACUGCCUGUGAUCUUAUUGUGCAAGAAUACACACAUACAUACAUACAUAUACACUGUCUCAAUACAUUCCACAGGUUUAUGCAGUGAAGAUGUUUACAGGAUGUCUUGCCUUUUCUACUACAAGUUUACACACACACACGCACACACAAACAAACACACACCUACAAGCAAACACAUACAACCAGAUAGCCAGCUGCACCAGCUGUUUGUAAAUUCAAUAUUAGCCAAGAAAGUCUUUACUAAGUCAGAAUGUAUGCAUCACUAAAUUAAAACAGGUUGCACCACACAAACCUGUCGUAACGUGGAGAGAAGUCGUUGCUAAAUAUUCACAUCUUGUAACUCCCGGAUGUUACGGCUGAGUAGCUGAUAACCAGCUGAACAAUUUGCCUGCUACAAGAAUAAAAAACACAUACAAAAGUUUAUUUAACUUUAUGAUGGAUCUCUGGCUGAAACAUGAUGCAGUGGGAGACUUCCUUGUUUCCAUUUUUGAAUGCUUUCUGAUUGGACAGUGCCAUAGUGUUUUACUUAGUGCCUGAUUGACACAUUAAUAAGUGUUAUACUAGCUCAGUUUGAAACUAACCAGUGGUUAUCUGUGAGGGUUCUUAGUCAUCCAGGUCAAAGUUACCCAAGGAAAGUUAAAAUCAGGGGCAAGUGGUUCGAGAAUCUUUAACCAAGUCCAGUUGCCCUUGAUUUCAACCUUCCUCGGAUAACCAGUAGUUACUAAGAGCUUAUGAAGGACUUAGCGUGUCCGCAGUAGUGACAGAUUUACAAACAGCUGGUGCAACCCGGUCCAGGUGAGGAAGAUGAUGGCUGAUGUAAUGAAGAGUGAGGCAAAAAUAAAGAGGGGAAAAAGUCAUUUCAUCCUGUACAAACAUACUAUCUCUUUCUGUUCCUUUAUUAUUACAUUUCAUAUCAUAUAUCAAUGUCAAAUUCCUUUUUUAUAUAAACAUCAUCAUUUUUAGUUUUUUAGUUUUUUUUUUUACUUUUUGUGCAUUAUUGUCAAACAUCACCACUAUGUGUCUUUGUUUAUGCUCUUUGCGAGCUAUUUAUUUGUGUUUGCGUGCAUGCGUCUGGGAAUGAUUUAGCUAUUUAUGAUGUGUGCGCGGACGUCAGAGUGGCUCCCAAACCUGAGAUGCAUGCCCCUCCCUGAGGCAUUUAAAAACCCUUCCGUUGAUAUUUAGCAUAUGAGUUUACAGACUGACUGUUUGUUCGUGUGUGCUUGUUCACGCUCUCCGUCCCUGCCCUAUAACCUGCAGCGAUGGGAGAUCUGUUGCCUUAAGAGAGUCCAGUUGGGCUUCCUCUCCUCUCUCUUUCUGUCCAUCCAUCUGCCAAUCAUCCAUUUCUUCCUUUUCCAUCAUCCUCCUGUUUGCUCAGCAGGUGAUAUGCAGGACCAGGAUGUUACGGUGGCCCUGAGAGCUCAUAGUGCCGCAAACACAUGCAAAGAGAGAACACAACAGAAAUGAUUUCAAUUCAUGUCAUGGACACAAGCAAACAUAUUCAGAUAUUAUGUAAUAUUGUAUGAACUAGUAGGCUAGUAAUCAACAAAAGGCUAACGUUGCAUCCACAGCAAAUAUCUGCAAUAAUACCUGAAUGUGCAAUCAGAAUGUGAAAACUAAUAACCAACAAAAUCAAACAAACCCUGUCAACAAAAAGUGUGUCCCAGGUGUGCUUAACACUUUCGGGUGUCCCCUGGAAGCAGUUCAUUUGUAACUAAUUCACACUGACUUCUGUGCGACUUGCAGCAUAUUUCUGCAUUUUUCCCCUAAAUGCUGCACACUUGUCAUGAAAUUGUUGAAGCUGUUUUCUCUGUAUGUUGCAGUGCAUUGAGCUUUCUGGGCUACCGUAGAUUACAAAACAGAAAGACACUCCUGUGCACGCACGCACACACACACACACACACACACACACACACCACGCAUACACUUGUAUACUGAUGUAUGCAUAAAAUGGAGGCCUCUGGAAACCACAUGGAGGUCCGGUCCUCUGUAGCAAAACCAUAUGGGACAGGAGAGAGGGAGGAUGGAGGAAGAGGAGGACAGAAAAAUAUGAGGAGGAGGAGUUGACAGAAAUAGAGAAUCUGAUGUAUCAUUCUCUGAAUGUAAAUAGAACCUUGAGAUUGUCAUUUUUUUUAUUUCCAUUGCUUCUUUUAUAAGAUGAUCAAAUUGUAAUUGUUUUUUUUUUUAAACGAUCUGUUGCUGUGUUUGAUUUUGUACUGCGGCGCUCCUUGCUGACCUGCCUUUAUAUCAUGCCACAUUCCCACCCCUUCCCCCACCCUCCAUCAGCUCCUCUUAGCUUUUCCUCUUGUGUAGCCCAGACACAUUUAGAGAAGACUAGAAUCAUAGCGAGAACAACCACCCCUCCCUUCAUCGAGUUUCUUUAUAGCGUUUAGCGAUGCAGCAGAUUAUAUUGAUUAUUAAGAAGUCAUGUCAUAAAUGUCAACAUUUAUAGACCCGGCCAAGGCAGUGCUGUUUAAUGGUCAUGGGCGAGAUGCAGUCGUGGAUGGACCCGUACUGGAAAUCAAUCUUAAUCCUUAUAGGGUUUCUUUUUGUGGCUACACUGUGCCAGACAAACUCAGUCUGACAUUAUGUGAAGCAGGAUUACCAACCAAGGACGUCCCAUGUGUUUGGACCCAGAGCUGAAGUUUGUUUUCAAUGUUUGGGGAGCAGAGAGGGACUGUAGGGAUGAGCCUGAGGAGUCAUUUCACACAUCUUGAGCAUUAUUGUCAGCAAAUCUGAAAAAAACCCAAAGCUAACAAUGUUGCUGUCUGACUUUCCUGUCUGUGGUUCUCAGCCUCAAGCUCAGUGGUUCCUACUGGAGGCCUAAAUAUUAAAAGAUCCCCUCCACACAUGUUUUAAGACAUAAAAAUACUCUGCUUUGAAUAAUAAUUUGUGUCUGAUGUGGUUUUUCCACAACACGUUUAAUCAACAAUUAGCAAAACACGUUUUUUUUUACUUGAGGGCGUCACAAAUAUAUAGUUUCAUUUUUUUAAAGGCUCAGUAAUUUUCUAAAACCGCUGCACACUGUAAUUUCUAACAAAUGUAACUUACACAGGAGGUAAUGUUGCUUUUUUUGGGGACUAUUUUCGGCAGCGGAUGAAUCCGCUCUCCAGUGAGUAUUUGGGGCAGCAGGAUCGUGUAUGUGGGACUGAGUCAGAAUAAACUACAGUGUGUGUGUUCAUGUUGAUGAAGGAACAUGUGACCCAGUGCAGCAGUGAGGCUCACAGAUAUACUUGUUAUUAGGUACAUUGACUUUGUGUCCUCAGAACAACAUUCUGUUUUCAUGUGAAAACAACUUGCGCCCUCAUGAGCGUUUCAGUGGGGUUUUAGUCUGUCCACAGUGAACCACCAAUAGAAAACCAGUUAAAUCUCGUCUUCUUCAUCCUCUUUUCAGCCGGCAGACAACAAAACGGCAUCACAGCCAACAUCUGGUGAGGAGUGGGACAGACAUAAAUCGGUGUUUUAUAACUGCAACGGCAUCUGGAAAAAUCACUAUGAAUCCAGGUUCAUGACAACAACUGCGCAGUGUGUUCUUCUUCUUCAGUUCUUCCUAAUUUUACUGCCACGCAACCCCCGACCUUCACUGGGCAGGUCACAUCAUCAUUUUGCAAAAGCUGUGUUUUCUCCUCACAUGCUGAAACGCACCAAGUCGACGUUUUAAGAUUUAUACACUCUGGAAACGGCUGAACCGGAGAGAAAAGGUUUACAGAUUUAGCCAGCUUAGUGUGGGCGCACUCUUAGCGCGUCUGAUGUCGGAACAUGAAUUAGCAGGAUGUUUACGGGAUGUUUACCUUUACUUGCCUUGUUUUGUGUUGGAAUCAGCCCGUCAAACAAAAAGACACAGGACUAUUGAAAAAACUGGCCUGCUUCAUUCAUCUCUCAGUGUAAUAAUCCGCCAUCCAACCUCAGCAUGUCGCCCUGUUAAAUGUCUCCCAGGUCUGACUGUACAGCCCUGUCUGUCUGUCUGUCUGUCUCUGUUGCAGCCUUCUUUUAUACAUAUAAACACCUUUGGGGGGGAAAAAUUAAAACAGAAAAAACAUUUUAGGUAUAAUAAUUAUAAUACUGCUUA